AUGUCGAAAGCUGCUUCAGCACGAGCGAAAUUCGCAGAACUUCGUGCUCUUCGAGAGUCUGGAAAGAAACGUCUCGACACUUACGAAUUACACAAAGAAGAAGAUUUAUAUGAGGAGGUCGACGAAGAAGGUUAUAAAAAGGUCGUAAGGAAUCGUUUAAAUCAAGAUGAUUUCGUUAUCGACGACAACGGUGAAGGAUACGCAGACGAUGGCCGCGAAGAUUGGGAUCGAGAUCAUAGACAAGGAUAUGGCACUGAGAGUGAAGAAGAGCUCCCUGUUAAGAGCAAGAAUGGAAAGGCUGCAAAGAGGAAACGUGAAGAGGAGAAAGCCAAAAAGGAGAGUAUGGAUAAAGGCAUCAGCAACUAUUUCACCAAAGGACCGGCAGCUGCUCAACAAAAACCAAAGCCCGUCAAAACCAAAGCAGAUGAAGAUUUCUUAGAGGGUCUAUUAGGGCAGGUAGACACGAAUGUUCCUCGAGCAAAAGCCCAGCCUUCAAGAGCCAAUAGAACACAGGACAAGAGGAGGACGAGAGCCUUAUCUCCAUCACUAAACGAUUCCCGGCAUACGUCAAAAAGAACCAAGGUAGCGGAUAGUCGAUCCGCUAAUGCUACAACUACACCCUCGAGCCCCCCUGUUUAUGCGGGCGACGAUGAUGAUUUCAUGGCAGGAAUCGAUGAUGAUGACAUGAUGAUGGAUGAACCGCAACCUUCAUCUCCUGUGGCGAAAGCUGUCGAGAGAAGAUUGCAUAUCAGUGUCAAAGGAGAGGAUGAGGAUGAUGAUAUGAUGGAGGUUGCUCAAGCCGAUGGCAUCACAGCUACAAGCGUCAAUAUUUCCGGAACUAGGCCCCCGUCCAAGCUGAAAAAAGAGGUAUAUCCAAUACCAGCAACCUCAUCUCCACCCCGCGGUCCAGUUGAUGAUGUUGAUGCGUCAUCUUGGAAUGACGUUACGCAAAGAUUAAACGUUAUGAACAGCAGCCAACCUUCAGAAACAAUGUCUUUCGGGAAGCUCGACUAUCACGACGCAAUCGAAGAAGAUGGAAGCCUUCACAUGUUCUGGACUGAUUACACUGAAAUUAAUGGCAGUUUAUGUCUUUUUGGCAAAGUGAAGAACAAGAAGACAGAUACUUUUGUUAGUUGUUUUGUCAAGGUCGAUAACAUCCUGAGAAAACUCUUCUUCCUUCCUCGACAGUAUUGUCAACGCCACGGUCGAGACACGACAGACGAAGUGGAUAUGAAGGAUGUAUACGAAGAGGUUGACGAUAUAAUGACUAGAAUGAACGUUGGAAUACACAAAAUCAAACCCUGCACUAGAAAAUAUGCUUUCGAGUUGCCAGAUAUACCAAAGGAGGGCGAAUACUUGAAGUUGUUAUAUCCUUACUCCAAACCUGCAUUACACGCCGAUCAGCACACCGGCUCGACUUUCUCCCACGUCUUUGGAUCAAAUACUCCCCUUUUUGAACAAUUUGUUCUCUGGAAGAACAUCAUGGGUCCAUGCUGGUUGAAAAUCGAAGAUGCAGAUUUUGGAGCUCUUAAGAAUGCUUCUCACUGCAAAUUAGAAGUUCAGGUUCCAAAGCCAAGCCUCAUUACUCCCAUCAGCGAGUCUGAUAACCUCGAAGCUCCGCCUUUGACUUUGAUGAGCAUUGCCUUACGCACUGUCUUCAAUAUAAAGGAAAAUAAACAAGAAAUACUCGCAAUCAGUGCACGCAUCUAUCAAAAUGUUUCGCUGACCGACACUACUCCACCAGAAAAGCUGCCUUGCCAAACUUUCACUGUCAUGCGACCGAACGGAUCACACUUCCCCAUCGGAUUCGAGGGAAUAGUCAAACAACGUUCGAUAGGACUUGUCAAGCUGGCCAAGCAGGAGAAUGAGAUUCUGAGCUUUUUCCUUGCCCGUCUAGAUUUAGUUGAUCCCGAUGUUCUCGUUGGUCAUCAACUGGAAGGUGUUGAUUUCAGCAUUUUGCUAAGUCGCUUUCAGGCCAGAAAGACCCCACAGUGGUCACGUAUCGGUCGUAUGAGGCGGACUCAAUGGCCCGGCUCCAUGGGCAAAAUGGGGGGAAACUUUUUUGCAGAGCGCUCGCUAAUGUCAGGUCGUCUCAUGUGUGACUUAGCCAACGACAUGGGCAAAUCGACCAUGACGAAAUGUACAUCUUGGACCCUCACGGAAAUGUGCAGCCUUUACCUGUCGGGUACUAACCGUCGAGAAAUCGACAACGAGGCUGCUUUGAAGACUUGGGCUACUAACAAGGAUGGAUUGAUGGACUAUGUCAGCCAUUGCGAAGCGGAUACGUACUUCAUUGCGGCUCUUGCCUUGAAGGUUCAGAUGCUUCCUUUGACCAAAGUUCUCACUAACUUGGCUGGAAACUCUUGGGCAAGGACACUUACUGGUACUCGAGCCGAACGUAAUGAAUACAUUUUGUUACAUGAGUUCCAUCGCAAUAAGUACAUCUGUCCCGACAAAGCUGUUUUCAAGGGUAGGCAGCAAGUCGACGAAGAAAACGUUGACGAAGAAAGCGGAGAUGUGAAGAAGAAGGAUAAGUACAAGGGAGGUCUGGUAUUUGAGCCCGAGAAAGGUUUAUACGACAAAUUCGUACUUGUCAUGGAUUUCAAUUCUCUGUACCCCAGUAUCAUUCAGGAAUUCAAUAUCUGUUUCACGACAGUUGAUAGGCUAAAUUUGUCUGAUGACGAGGAUCGAGUGCCAGAAGUACCAACAGGUCAGGACCAAGGUAUCCUGCCCAAGCUCAUUGCCACACUUGUCAGUCGACGUCGGCAAGUCAAGAGUCUCAUGAAAGACAAACAUGCCACCCCGGAAGAGUUGGCCACUUGGGAAAUUAAGCAAUUGGCACUUAAACUCACUGCCAACUCUAUGUACGGUUGUUUGGGAUAUACGAAAUCAAGGUUUUAUGCUCGACCACUUGCCGUUCUCACAACAUACAAAGGCCGUGAGAUUCUUCGAAGUACUAAAGAUCUGGCCGAGAGCAAAUCUUUACAAGUCAUCUAUGGUGAUACGGAUUCCGUCAUGAUCAACGCCAACGUCGAUAAUAUUCAAGAUGCACUUGUUGUUGGAAACGACUUCAAAAGAUCUGUCAAUGACCGAUAUAAGUUACUGGAAAUUGACAUCGAUAAUGUGUUCAGACGUAUUUUACUUCAAGCAAAGAAGAAAUAUGCUGCCAUCAACCUUGUACAAGUCGAUGGGAAAUAUAUUGAUAAGAUGGAAGUCAAAGGUCUGGAUAUGAAGCGUCGUGAAUACUGUAAUCUGUCAAAGGAGGUUUCAUCUCAACUUUUGAACGAAAUUCUGUCUGGCGAUGACGCAGAAGCUGUCAUUACUCGAAUUCACGAAUACCUCCGCGAAAUAUCGGCCAAAAUGAGAGAAGGGAAUGUUCCCGUCCAAAAGUAUACGAUUUACACGAAACUCGGAAAAGCGCCUAAAGAUUAUCCCAAUGCUGAUAACAUGCCGCAAGUCCAGGUCGCUUUGCGAGAAUUAGCCAAGGGAAAACAAGUUCGAAAGGAUGAUGUUAUCGCCUACAUAGUGACAGGCGAAGGGAAAACUUCUGAGAAUGCAGCUAAACGUUCAUUCACUCCUCAGGAUGUGACGAAGCGUGAUUCGGAUCUCAAGCCAGACGUAGAAUGGUACCUCUACAAACAGAUUUUCCCACCCGUCGAGCGAUUGUGUGCAAACAUUUCCGGGACCGAUACCGUACGUCUGGCUGAUUGUCUCGGACUCGAUGCACGUAAAUAUAGCAUCAACAACACCAACUCAUCAGGCAGUAACGAAGCAGAGAUUCAUCCACUCGAAAGUCAGAUUGACGAUUCUGUGCGCUUCAAAGAUUCUAGUCGCCUCACCCUCCGCUGUCGAUCCUGUAAAGCUACUUUCGGAUUUGAAGGUCUCCUCAACAGUACGGAAAACUGCUCUCCAUCCGGCAUCAUCUGUCGCUGUAGUGCCAUCCUCUCAAUACUUUCCAUCAUGACACAACUCGAACAUCAAAUCCGCCAAGAAACAUGUAAAUACUACGAAGGCUGGCUUGUAUGUGAUGAUCAAGCAUGUGGUAACCGCACGAGACAAAUGAGUGUUUAUGGACAUAGAUGUUUGGGACCAAAGGGAUUGGCUCAAGGAUGUCUGGGGAGAAUGAGAUACGAAUACACGGAAAAAAUGAUGUAUAAUCAGUUAUUAUAUUUUUCCAGUUUGUUCGAUGUGGAUAAGGCGAAGGGUAAUGCGAGGGGUACGGACAAAGAACUUGUCUCAGCACUAGCAGAACAUAACCGAGUUCGUUUCGACAUGCUGAAAAAUGUGGUGGCGAAAUAUCUAGAUAAGUGUGGUAGGCAGUGGGUUGCGAUGGAUAGUCUUUUUGGGAAAUUGGGCUUCUCGGCGAUGUGA